CUCGAAGCGAAGUCCAUCCACAUCCGGCAGAGCGCCGGCGUCCACUUAAAGAAUAUGUUGAAGCAGAGCAGCGAAGUUUGCCUUGUUGAUGAAGCAACAGAGGCAUUUUUAUGCAUGCAGGUGAUGAAGGCUCUGAGCCAUCCGGCCAAAAUCCUACGUCACACGGCAGGAAGCGUGCUGGCUUCCUUGAUGAGGCGACGACUAGACCUCGGAGUCAUCGAUAAGCUCUGGCAGCAGCUGCAUGUCAACAGUGCAGAUGUGGUGGAGGGUAGCAUGUGGGCCUUGACCCUCACAUCCGAAGAUCUGCUGGGGCAGGGCGUGGAUGAAGCUUUCGUGAAGAUCGCUUGUGCCAAGAUCUUGCCGCGAACCAUAGAGCUCACAGACCAGAGACUCCCUUCUUGGCUGCGGAAGCAAUCCUCUGACUUGCUGAUGCAGUACCUCGUCCAGGGCGCCUUCGACCCGGAGAAGUGGCCUGCCGGAGCCGGAAUGCAAGGGAGCUUCCUCUCGAGCCUCGGCGCUUUGGCGAUGAGCGAAGAUGCAGAGCUGGUGCAAAAUGCCUGCAAGGGCUUCUGCUCUGUCAUCGAGCAGCGCUGGGCUGUGCUGACGCAGGACCAUAUCGGUAUGAUCCUUGGCUUCAUGCUCCGCGCAGGAGAGCAUGCUGACGAGGAUGUUCGCCGUGAAGCGUUGGCAGUUUGGAGAGUGGCUUCAGAGGCUUCAGCUCUGCAUCCACUCCUGGAGCAAAACCUGCCGGAACUGACCAAGGUCCUAGCGAACUUGGUCUACAGCUCAGCAGACAUGAUGGCGAUGGACGCGGGCUCCUUGGACAACGACAAUGCCGACCGACCGGAUUCCUUGGAGGAGAUCCAGCCGCAAUUUCACAAGGAAGGCGGCUUUAGUGACAUGGACAAGGCUGAAAGGGCAGCUGCAGGUUCUUCCUUUCUGAGCGAGGAGUGGACAGCACGCCGUGCAGCAGCCGAUGCGUUGGAUGCUCUGGCUGGCUAUGCGGGCACGCGCCCACAAGUGUGCUCCCGCAUGCUCCCAAUGAUUUCUGAGAAGCUUCAGUCCACUGGCUGGAAACAACAAGAGGCUGGCAUCCAUGCCCUCGGUUGCAUCGGUGCCAGUUGCAUUCAGGUGACGCCCGAGCUCCUGGAUGGCAUGAUACGGCUCCUCCUCUCAAAGCUUACGGCAGAGCAGCCCCUUCUGCGCAGUGCCGCUUGUCUGAGCUUGACCCAAUUUCUGCCCGGCGUCAUCAUGUUGGUUAGCGGAUCAUUGCCCGUGGUGAUGUCUGCCAUCCUGGAACGCUGCCGGGACCGGAACAAGCACGUGCAAGCUGCAGCUGUCGAGUCGUUAACAACCAUUUUACAAGUCGGCCUGCAG